GUCCUCAGCUCGGUCCCCUCCGCCCACCUAUUCCUCACUCCAGCCCCGGCCGCCGCGACUACUGGGCCGAGGGCGGUGACGAUCGGUGACGCCCAAAAGCCGCGCCCACCACAGCCGGAAAACGCAGCCGGAAGUCCCGCCCUUCCGUGUGGAGAACUGCGGCCGGGAAGGAUCAACACGGGUCAGCUGCUGCUUUCCCGGGGGAGCGUUUCCUUGCGUGGUCCGUGGACUCGCCGGGCGACUCGGCGGCCCAGGAGCCGAGCUCCUCUCCGCGCUCGCCCACGUUGGCUGCUCCUCGGGAGGCCGCGCCGGACUGCAAAGCUCGGGCCCUCCGCGCCGCAGCCCGGGGUUGUAGGCUAGCCCUGGGAACCCUGCAGGAAUGGCAGCCCCGACCAUGAAGGAAAGGCAGGUGUGCUGGAGCGCGCGCGACCUGUACUGGCGCUGUCUCGACGACAACGCGGAGGACGCGGCUCGGUGCAAGCAGCUGAGGAGCUCGUUCGAGGCCAGCUGCCCCCAACAGUGGAUAAAAUAUUUUGACAAAAGAAGAGACUACUUGAAAUUCAAGGAAAAAUUUGAAGCCGGAGAAUUCCAGCCUUCACGGUCCACUGAAAAUUCCUAGGCUCUUCCUGAACUUUUACGCAGGUGGAGAUUAUUCUUCUGGACUUUUCAGAAAAGCUUUGCUGGUUCCAGGACAAAAGCAGUUUGGCCGCAAUUACACAUCAGCCAGCACCUGUCCCUUGUGAAUACCAAUUAGUAAAAGGGUCAAGUAGCAGGAGAUCCUAAUCAUUCAAACUAUGAAGGACUGACUGGUGCUACGUGUGCUGCUUUAAUUCGUGAGGAUCUAUUUCAAGAAAAAAAUUAAAGUUUAUUAUAAAAACACAA